CCGGGGGAUGUCGGGACAGUCUAUUCGGCAGAUCACGAACCCGUGAAAUCAGGCUACCAUGGUUUCAGUUUUUUGCAUUCUGCUCAAGAACAAACAAUUCCAACCUUCCACGCCGCGCAUUUGGUGCGUUUCUUCACACGCAGCCUUCGUAAAGAAAUGUCCACCUGCUGACCAGUGGGAAGACAUGAGGAGAGAAAUCGCGUCAGUUGUGUUCUUUCUGAAGAGACUGAUAAAUAUAACGGGGAAAGUUGAACCGGAGAAACUUGACAUUUUUUUGGAGCGCCUUGUUACAGCACUGCAUGACAAGUUCAAAGGGCACUGGUACACCGACUGCCCCAGUAAAGGCCAGGCGUUCAGGUGUAUCCGGAUAAACAUUACACAGCGGGUGGACCCGGAGCUGAUGAGGGCAUGCCGGGAGAGUGGUGUGCGGUACGCUGACCUUGGCCUUCCCCGCGAACUCACCUUAUGGGUGGAUCCAGGUGAAGUAGUGUGUCGCUACGGUGAAACUAGACCUGUAUUCACCAUUGCCAGCUUUUCGCCUGAGGAGGGGACUGAGAGGACUGUAAAAGACGUAGACCUAGACACGACGAAGAAGGUCAUCGGCGCAGUUGACAAUAUUUUUGCCAACAACCACAGUAGCCAGUCAUCUGAGAAGGGGGGAGGAAGCGGGAAUCAACGCUGCAGGUUCCCAUCGAACACACGACGUUCUCUUCAGCUGUCGACCAACAUCUGCAUUCCUACCAGACAGCGUCAGUCUUUCUCCGGACCAAUUCACACGGAGCCCGUGGUAAAAUUAAAUUCCGUUUGAGAUACAAA